UCGGGUGAGCGCGGCGACCUUGGCCGUACGACGCUCUGCUGUGAAGUUGUCAGUGUAGCGGAUCCACUCGAUGAAGUCACACGUCGGUGACUCAGUGUUAUGUUGAAAUCUAUUAGAACUUUGAGCAAUUCGUUGAUACAAGGAAACUCAUCAAGAAUGACCAGCAUCCACAGCGCGUACAAGGAGGAGGUGCACGACGUGCCCAUGGCGGUCAUCACCAGGCCUUUCAUCCCGGAACUAGACGAGAACAAGGUGAAGUCACUGAUGGAAACUAUACAGAAAGAAGAAGAUGCAGGCAACGUGCCUCCCAUAGACAUCCUGUGGAUCAAGGGGUCGGAAGGCGGCGACUACUACUACAGCUUCGGCGGCUGCCACCGCUUCGCCGCCUACAAGCGAUUGCAACGACCCACCAUCCCUGCUAAGCUCAUAAGAUCCACUGUUACUGACUUAAGGGCGUAUUUAGGAAGCAGCACCCCUGAUUUGAAGUAAGAUAAGUAAAUUAUUGAUGUGAUAGUUGAAAUAAUUUUAUUUUAUUGUAUUAAAUAUGUACAUUUGUUAUACUUAAGUAUUGUUUAAAAUAAAACCAAUAUUAAUCUCCAAGUGUGUAUUUAUUGUGGAGUUACCUUACCUAACUACAGAACAAUGAGAUAUGCCAUUUCUGUAUAAUAUUUACAAACAUGAACAUAAAUAAUAUCAAAAUACAUUUUAUAGAUGACUCUACUAAACGGCGCGGUGCGCUCACUGGACCUCAAUAAAAGCACAUGCAACUGAAUGAACACAAAAUAAUUCGUUAGCACCAACAAUUAUUACGUGCAUGCUAACAACACAAUGUCAGAUCCACACAUAAUAUUAUACAUUUCAAUAAAUCGUGAUUGUAAAAUUUGUGCAACAUUUGAUUCCUAAUAAAAUAUCAUUAUUACGUGUUGGGUGAGCAGUCUUGUGGUAAAUCAAAACGACUCUGGAAACGAAUGUUGAGCACCAGCAUAUAAAUUGGAUCGAUAGAUGAAUUAACAGACUACACAUUUCUACCAAUCAUACUUAGUUACAUUAUUUUUAUAUGGACCAAGUUCCAUAAUGUGAAAAAUAAAGAUUUACAUAUUUAAAUAUUGAAGCGGUCGACGAGUAUACCAUCAUAAUGUAAUUAAUUAUUACACCCGACGGUAUACAUAUCAAGAACCCCAAUAUUUGCAUUCAAUAAUAAAAUGUAUUUUUGUUCAUCACCAUUUUAACGUUUAUUAUAGAGCAAAAGGGAAUAUAAAGUAGCUGUCGUAUUUUGUACCUUAUCGCCUCAUGUUAUGGGCGAAGAGCAAGGGAGAAAAUUUCAAGACAUACCCGGUAAAGGGUAUGUUUAUUAAUAUAUUUUCUAUAUCCUGUUUACCUAUCCACUAACAUUAAUUCCUAUGAAG